AUGCUUUUUCUCCCUCCUUCCUGAAAGCCGACUGUUGGGUCGGAACUUCACCGCUUCUCUCAUCGCGCAGAACAUUCGUGUUUUACAGUCUAGGCAAGGGACCAGGUUUCUUGGGGAGCAUGGCAAAUCUAAAUGCAGUUAAUUAUAACCCAAGAGGAGGAAUCAGUGCAUCUUGGCUCAAGAGGAAUGACUGCGAGCCAACGUUUGUUUGUUGCCGAUCGAAAGUCCCUGAUGCAGAUGAAAAACCCAGUAAUGGCAAUGUUGAUGGGCAGAGAAAUAUCACAGAUGAUGCUGAAUUCCAUAAAUGCUCACAAGAAGCUGGAAUUUAUGAAGGAGGUGAAAGGCAGACAAUAUCUGGAACUUCUGAACUUGAGUGCAAAAGUAAACUUACUUCUGAUAACCUCUUGGGAAGUAAGGAGGAAGACUCUGAUGAUGAUGACGACGACCCAGCUGACAUGUCUCACUUUGGCAUGUCCCCGGUUGAAGACAUUCUCUCAGAUGAAGAGCUUCGACUUGACCAGAGGAACCACUUGAACGCUCAAGAUGAAAUCACAAAGGAUAAAGUGUGGCAAACAGACUGGCACAGCAAUCACAUUGCUGCUUUGAGUAACGAGAAUUUUGACAACCUUCUGGAAAGGUGUCCAGAUUUUCAAGGCUGUAAAAGUCACAUGGCUGCUUUUCUUCUCACAAGAGAAGUACGAGACACAGCAGGUCGUCUCUGUUGGCGGUACCGGGUGGUGGCCCUCGGAGCGGGCCGUUCAAUCUGUGCCAAGUGGCUCUGUUACAACGGGACGAUGGUCCAUGAUUGCCACGCCAUCAUAAUUGCCAGAAGGGCUCUUUUGAGGUUUUUGUACAAAGAACUUCUGCUUUUCUUCGAUGCCGAUCCAAAGGCCAGGGAGAGCAGUAUUUUUGAGGAAAGUGCAGACAAGCACCAGCUGCAGCUCAAACCCCAAAUCGGCCUGCAUCUCUACACCAGCCAUUUUCCUGAGGGAACCACUAAGAACUUCAGCUUCCAAAGCUCCCUUAACAUGAAGACCACCACGAAGCUUCAGUAUCACACCAAUGGCGCUCUGGUCCCCAUAGUCUACCUCGACCCCAGCUUAUGGAGUGCUAAAGUGUGCUGCCUCUCCGAAAGUAACAAGUUGUGUCGCUGGACUGUGACCGGGGUUCAAGGGGCUUUACUGAGCCACUUCAUCCAGCCUCUUUACAUCACCAGCAUGGUGAUAGGAGUCUCAAACAUCUCGAUAACAGACGUGUCUGAUAUCAACAACCAGCUGGGUGAUGGCUGGCAGAGCUUUUUGCCCUCGCCCUACAAGAGACAGAGCAUCCUCUUUCUGUGUGUUGAGCCGGCGGGACCGAAGGGGACGUCUCCACUCCAAGGCAAACUCAGCAUCAACUGGUGCCUCGGAGACGCGGACAUUGAAGUGCUGGACGCCAGCAAAGGCACUGUGGUUGAGGGAUCGCAGUGUGUUAGUGGACCCGAUUCGUCGAGCAGAGUUUGCAAAAGAGCCCUCUACAGUUACUUCAGGCAGGUUGCUCAGCUGGCUGGGCACACCCGCCUGCUUAAGCUUCCCACCUACCUCAGCGCCAAGGCUGAGUCUACCAAGUAUCAGGCGGUUAAAGGUCUUGUCAAGCAGCAGUUUCUGAGCAUCGGAGCUGGACCCUGGAAUUCCAAAAAGUUGGUGGAUCGCUUCAGCCCUUGAACUGUUGUUGAAGAAAGUAGUUUUCUCAAAAGUUCUCUUGAUUUCCUUCGUCAGUUUGACCAGUUCUGUUGUUUGGUGGACGCCGCAGUUUUGAGUUUAUGUAGGUGUUUGUGAAAAAUAAACACGACCCUGCUGUUGUGAA